GCGCUCUGAUUGGCCCGGCUGCGCCGGAAGCGGCGCCUGAGGGACGCGGCUCGCCGCCCCUCGGUCCGUGCUGCGCUGCCGCCCGCCUGCCGCGGCCUGUCCCAGGAGUGUCAUGUAACAAAAUUUUCAUGUGAGAACAGAAAAUGGCUUCACGAGGAACAACAGAGACUAGUAAACUAAAACAAAACUUGGAGGAGCAAUUGGAUAGAUUAAUGCAGCAGCUUCAAGAUCUGGAGGAAUGCAGAGAGGAGCUAGAUGCAGAUGAGUAUGAAGAGACCAAAAAAGAAACUCUAGAACAGCUGAGUGAGAUCAAUGACUCGCUGAAGAAGAUCAUGUCUGGAGAUAUGACUUUGGUGGAUGAGCUCAGCGGGAUGCAACUGGCAAUACAAGCAGCCAUCAGCCAAGCAUUUAAAACUCCAGAAGUAAUUAGAAUGUUUGCAAAGAAACAACCAAGGCAAUUGAGGACGAGGUUGGCAGAGAUGGACCGAGACUUAAUGGUUGGCAAGUUGGGGCGAGACCUCUACACACAGCAGAAAGUGGAAAUCCUGACUGCCCUCAGAAAGCUUGGUGAGAAGCUCACUCCAGAUGAUGAGACGUUCUUGUCAGCAAAUGCUGGUGCAGCCCUGAGCCAAUUUGAGAGAGUCUCCACUGACCUUGGAUCAGGAGACAAGGUCUUUGCUUUAGCAAGUUUUGAAGUAGAAAAGGCAAAACAAUGAAGAGGUGCGUGAGGCUUGUGUCUCUCCAGUUAACAGCUGCAUUGGACUUCUGUUGUAUUGCAUUUGUUUUUUCUAUUUUUAGUAUGUUGAAAAAAAGAAAAGCAAAACAAAAAAUCCAAACCGUAAACCUCUUGGGUUCUUAACCAGAAGAUACGACGUAAACAGCCUUAAGUGCACUUUGGAACCUUGGUGUCUGUACCCCUUAGUAAUAUAAGCUCUGAGGCUGAACACUAAGUGGUACUCUAAAAACAAAAGCAUGCUAUGACUGUCUUUGGAAAGAAUCAGCCAUUUUGAACUUUUCUGAAUGUGUAUUUCUCUAACUAUUAAACAUAAUCUUUUUGCAUGUGGUUGUAGCAAGUAGAUCUUUUUCAGGAGUAGUCCUAACGAGUGAAUGGUUUUGGGGGUGAUUCUUGACAUUGCUUUCAAGUUGUCUUAAUUUUUGUCCAGGCUCCCUACUAAGUAGUUUGUACUAGGAAUGCACUGAAGCUUCGAAAAAAUUGACAUAGUUUAUUAGAAAUGCCAUCUUUCUACAAACUGUUUGCAGAAGAACCAAAAUGAGACUGUAGGCUGAUCAUUGGCCCUUAGCUGCUUGUUUGCUGUGCGCAUGAAUGAGCGCCAUUGUGUCCUAGCCUUGACUGACAAACAAUGGGAGCCCUGUAGGAAGGCUUCUGGAGUAAUUUAACCUUGUGUGUUGAAAUGACAGGGGAUUGCUAGGAAAUGGCAGAGAAGCCCUUUUGCUGACCUCUUCAGCUGUGGGUGUAUAACUUCAUGCUACCGUUAUUUCCCAGUAUUUUUGAGAUAGCAUGAAAUAGCUUGCAAGUAGAAGUAAGUUUAGAAAGUAGGGGAAAAGGUCUCAUUCUGGAAUCAGUGCAAGUGUUGCUCAGUCUAUUUAGCAGAUGAUGAUGCUAUGGAGAGGGUCUUUGCCCCCACAGAAAAGUUAGAAUCCUGAAUAAUCUCAGAGUGUAGGAAGAUGUAAAAUCUCAUACUGGUCAAUUUUUAGCUCUGAGUGUAAAGAAGCAACUUGGGACUCUAGAUGUGUGUUUAACUUCCUGAUGAACUAUUUUUUUUGUAAAAUCAAUAUUAAGGAUCUUGGUUUUAAAGUACUGGCUGCUUCACACUUAAAUUCAGUACUUGCAAGGAUUUUGUCUGAGCUGAUUGGAAGCCUGUUUUUCACUGAAAAUUUUUUCAGCUUGAGAAAUGCACGUUUCAGGUCUGCUCUACCCUUGGUGUAUAUUCAGGCAUUUCUUAAUUUCAUACCUGUUCCCCUCCUUAUUUUACCAGUAGCUAGAGAAAAGUAUACGGCUUCUAUCUGUGAAAAAAAAAAAAAAGGGCAGAAAAAAAGUCAGUUCCCUCUCAUUCUGUACAAGAGUUCAAACAUAGACAGUUGUGGGUCCUUUGGACUAUAUGUUUUAACAGGGAGUUAGUACUUCCUUUCUUUGGAGCGCUUCAGAAGUGGAGGAAGCAUUACAAAAUCUCAUUGGCGAAAGGAGUGUUUGGCUGUGGGUGUGCUGACAUGCUAUUUUAAUCUGGCACCCCUCAGAGAAAGUGUGACUUGCCAGUCUCAGAUACAGUCAGUUCACUUUCCCAUGAAGUGGGGCAGAAGUGUAUCAAGAGAAGAUUUUUCUGCUUAAACAACAGUAAUUGCCUGAUUUUUGGAAGUGGUAAAUUUAUUUUUCCUUCAAGUAGAACAAACUACAAUAACCAGAUGCCACAGUGUUUUAUGCUAACCCUCCAACAAAUUACAUCAAAAAGAGGUUAAACAGAGAUCUUUGUCUGUAUUAAGGUGAUAGGUGUAUCUUCAAGGACAAACAGAUUUUGUGCUGGUUUUAGUGAUUGGGUAUGUUUUGGACAAUAUCUUAGUUAAGUUUUAGGCAUGUUUCUGAACUGAUACAUGUAAUGUGAUAUUUGCCAUCACAGUAAGUCUGUUGCUGGAAAGAGAUUUAUGGUGAUAAUAUUGGAAAGAUCAGAAGAAAUCCUAGGAAAAAAGCAGUCUUGUUUCCAUCUUGUUAGUGCUUUGAAUUACAAAAAUUAAGAAAUACAUGUACUAAAAGAAUGAUACUUAAUUCUUUUAGAAUUAGUAAUGGUUUAUAAACCAACUUUUAGACCCAAAUAUUGGGUAGACUUGGGUCCAGUUGAUGGUGGUGUGGCUGGUUUUGGCAACAGUGGAGUUAGACCUGCAUUUGUCAGCAGUGAAGGUGACCCACUGUUUUGAGGAAUACUGUGUUUAUUGGAGUAGAACAUCCGUGUUUCACUUAUUGUACCUCUACCUCAGACUCUUAUAUCUAGAUUUGAGCUUCAGUGAGAACGGCCGCUAAAUUAAGUGGGUAGAGUGGAAAUAGUAUGAAAUUGGGAUAGCCUAUCGCAACAUUGAUCUGUGUCACAUAGUAAUCACAUAGAGACUAAGCGGGUAGCGUAGACUAUAAACAGAAAAUUAACAUGAUCAGUCGUAAUUUAGAUUGCAAUUAUAGUGCAUAAAUACCCUAUAAAUAAGCAAGUUUGUCUAAUUGUAAACUAAGACUGGAGUAGACUAAACCAGAAAAUGUGUUUUUUAAAAUGUGUUUUGCUUUAAUAGAUACCCUUUUGAAAUGUAGUAUUUUGGAAAUGAAUGGAUGCACAGUAUAGACAGCAUAAUUUAUAUCUUUCACUGAUGGAACUUUCCUCUCCUUUUUUUUUUUUUUUUUUUAAAGAAGCUUUUAUUUAGAUGGAGUCUUUUGUCUGUUAUAUCAACUAUUUUCCCAUCUGGGGCAGUAUUUGUUCACUGACAAAGGCUGAUUGCAGCUUUAUAGCUGAGAGCAGCUUAUUAAAAGGCGUUAUUAGUCUAAAAUUAUUGAAAACAAAACAGUCUGUGGGGAUUGUAGCUGGCUUCUUUUCUUUUCUGCUCAUUACUGGUACUAAGUAUCUCUUCUCCCUCCACACCCCUCAACCUGCUUGCAGUAUUACUAUGUAAAUUAAGUCUCUCAGCACUCUCACAGAUCACACGAAGUUUACAGUACAAUGAUAGGGCAAUCUUUUUCCUUGUCGUUUGAGAGGUAUGUGUUUCUAGGGGAAACUUUUUUUAUCAUUUUGCAAAUAAUUCAGGAUUUUUUCAAAGUUCCUGUACUGCAGAUAGUUGUAAAAUUCUAUUAAGUUGAUCCUUGACUGAAUUAUCUUUUUAACCUUGUUCUGCUUCUGCUCUUGGAAAGAUCUCUUGUGAUUUAGAUGGACAAAGAUGAAAUUGAGAUCGGUGACCAACAUUAUUGCAAGCUUCAGUAUGCCAGGCUGGACUUCACAUCUCAAAAGCAGUGAAGGGUCAGAAAGCAUAGCUCUAACCUCUGGGCUGGAUAUGUCCUGCAUAAUGCCCUGACUAUAAAUGUAGCUUAACAAGGAAGCUGUUACCAAUAAGAAGCUAUUCAUAUGUUGACCUUAGCAAAUGGUUAUUUAAGGAACCUACUUGAAGUAGUUAAAUUAAUUUCAGAGACAUAGUAAAUUAAUUGGUGUGCCACACUGAAUACUUCGUAAAUAAUCCUGGGACAUGCUUCUACUAGUAUCUCAAAUGUUUCUGCAAGGGCUGGGAAAAAAGUCCAUAAUCUAUUUAUUAUAAUAAUUAUUGAUCAAAUAAAAAUUAUUAACAAAAGAACAACUCCUAAUUGAAAGCAUGGUUUUGUUUUUUAACAUACAAGUUUGUGAUGUUUGAGUUCCAUCCCUGGUUCAGCAUUAGAGGCAGAUGACUUUCUUCUGUACACAUCUUUGUCUCCUGGAGUAAAAUACAGAUUAUGAUACUUGGAAUAUCGUGUGCUAUGAAGCUGCUAUUGAUGAUACACUGCUUUGAAGAUUAAAAGGGCUUUGUUUUUUGUUUAUCAUUUUACUUCUGAAAUAAGAAUUGUGAAGUAUACUGGCUUUAAACACAUCUGCAAAGUUGCCCAGAGUUCUUUCUGGGAAUAUGUAACCUCCUUUUUUUUUUAAUCUUCCUUCCCUAUGGGGUGAAUCUAGUGAUUGCACUGAUCUAAAAGAAAAAGUGUUAGAAAAUUGAAGCUUCAAAUGCACUGUCUCGCUUUCUUCUGUCUUUGUCUCCUUGUAUUAUUUACCUCCUUUGAUCUUGAAUGGAAAAGUAGCAAGUUAUCUUUGUUUUAAAGGAAAAAUAGAAGAUUUCUUAAGAGAUCCCUUAGUUGAUCAUGUUACCUUGCAUGUUAAAAUUAAAUUCAUUUUGACAGAGAAUUCUGUACCGAUACCCUCCUGACCAGGCAUUUAAGGCUGUAUCAUUAGUGGCUGAAAUGGUAGGUAAAUUAAAAUAUGCCCAUUUGGUUUUGUUUCCAGUAUGGCUGUUCCUUUCUCAUAUAAGGACAAAUAUAAUUUUUACAUUGUAGAGAAGUAGAAGCCAGCCUGCAGGCAUCUUUUAUUUUCCCUACUUGCAUCAUUUUAAAAAUUAUCUUCACUGAGUUAUGGGGAAGUCUUACCUAUUAGGGAAGUAAACUCUUAUUUUCAUUCUGUUUGCUUAGCUACCUAUGAGAGAGGAAUAGGAGUGCUCAUAUUGGAGUUUUACUUGAGAAGUCAUGGAAAAUGUGACAUCUUGUCUUGCUGUGAGGUUGUAGGAGUUUUUAACUUUACUGUAAUACGGGCUUAUGCCUGUGAGGGAGAGGGGAGAAUUACUGGAAUUUACGUUGCCCAAGAUUUCUCUCCCAUAACUUCUAAACGUUCAAGCUUCCCACCUCAGUCGAGUGGGAGCUGCUGAUGUUCAAAGCAUCUGAAAAGGUGGCCUAAAGUAUUGGACAGGAUAAAUAAAAAUGUUUCAGAAUAAGUUUUUCUUGUUUCUAAAAUAAGGUCUUAAAAGAGGAAAUAGAGACAUAACAUUAGUGGAUAUAACUAUAUGUAAGGCAUUACUGUAUUGUGCACUGAAUUAUCUAAUGUAAUUUAACACACUAAUGAUUAAAUUAAUAGCAGAUUUCUUUUCAAAGCAAGUUCUAAUCAUGGACAUCUCUUUUUAUCUUGCUAUCAUAAUAGUUUGAUGAUUGAUAGCUUUUAGGAUUGUGUUUUCAACAUGCAUCCAAAAAUGCGUUGGUAAUAAUUGCAGAUGUACUGAAAACCAUCAGACAGAACUACCUGCAAAUCCUGUGGACAGAAGAGUUAAUGUCUGGGUGAAUAGCGUUUCUGUUUAUUGUCCAGUUAAUAUCCUUGUAAGGUGGAGAUUGAUACCAAGUUGUGUAAUGUUGUCAUGAAAGAGUGUGCAACUUUGUAAAUACCAAAUUUAAUCUGGUAACACUUCUGGUUUUGAAUAAAAUACGCAGCUGAGAAGGUUUCUUACCGUACAAA